AUGAUUUACCGCACUUGGAAAUGUUCAUUUGCUAGUAGUGCGGGAGGUCCAGUAUGUGUUUGUUUGUUUGCAAUAUUGAUUUGUUUACUGCAGGUAGAAAUGUUUGGAUUGCGAUACCAAAUGAAGACUAACGAUCCGGACAAGCGUAUGAUGCGCUGGGUGGAACUCGAUAAGCCGUUGAGGCGACAGCUGGAGAAGUGGGCCUGCAAGCCUAGACAAGUGCAACUGGCUGUCCUCUACCAUACCCCAAAUGCAUUUACGCUGACAGAUCAGAUGGCCAGGUCAUACUACUUUUUUCUGAUGAAACUGGACGUAGUGGAAGGAAAACUAACAGUUGCCCUUGAAAAAUACAUUAAUCUUGCUGCGUACAGUCUCCAAGGCAAGUCAUUUAUUUACUGGCUGCAAAUUUAA